AUGCCUGAAAAGCAGGAUAUGCAAAUUAUAACCAAUACCGGUUCUAAUUCAAGUUUAAAUAUUCAAAAUGGAGAAAUUAAAACAGUCAUUUCCAUAACUCAAGAAGAUAUGGCCCAUCCAUCUCACACAAUUGCCACAAUAUUAUCUCCACAUGGUGAAAAAGUUGCUGUAACUGGUGAUGUAGAUGAUGCUAUGAAAUUGGCCUUAGAAGCAGAAGGAUUGGUAGUUACCCCCGAGGAGGAUCGUAAAUUAUUAUGGAAAAUUGAUCUUUAUAUGUUUCCUUUGAUGUGUUUGUUGUAUGCUAUUCAAUUUAUGGACAAAGUUACAAAUGGUAAUGCAGCUAUUAUGGGCUUGAGAACUGAUUUGAAAAUGCAUGGUACAGAAUAUUCUUGGGUUGGAUCUGCCUUUUAUUUUGGUUAUUUAUUAGGCCUAUUCACGUUGCCACCUUUGUUGCAAAAAUCACCAUGGUUUAUGAAAUCUUUGUGUGUUAUUAUCGUUUUAUGGGGAAUGGUCUUGGCUUGUCAUGCUGCACCCUCUGUUAACUAUGCUAGUUUUAUAUUUUUAAGAUGUUUGUUGGGUUUUUUGGAAAGUGCUAUAACCCCAUCAUUCACUAUUUUAAUGUGUCAAUAUUGGAAAAAGGAGGAACAAUUCACUAGAAUUUGUUUAUGGUUUGGUUGCAAUGGUCUUGGAUCUAUUUUAGGUUGUUCUAUUUCCUAUGGUCUAUACAUUCGUCAAUAUUCAUAUAGUAUUACAGCCUGGAAAGUUUUAUUCGUUGUUACAGGUAUGAUGACUAUUUUCACUGCAUUUAUCAUGUUUGUUCACAUCCCAGACGAUCCAUCCAAGGCCUGGUUUUUAAAUGAGCGUGAAAAACUAAUGGUUGUUCAAAGAAUCAAAUCUAACCAACAAGGUUUUGGUAACCAUCACAUUAAAAAAUCACAAAUUCUCGAAGCUUUCAAAGAUGUCAGAACUUGGCUAUAUUUUUUGUACUCUGUUUGUUCUAAUAUUCCAAAUGGUGGUAUGACAAAUUUCUUUUCCAUAUUGUUGAACGACAAUUUUGGCUAUACUGCGGAUAAAAGUUUGUUAAUGAACAUGCCCAGUGGUGCUGUUGAACUUGUCGGCUGUCCAUUGUUUGGUUUAUUGUGCGCCUAUUUUGCUUAUAAAAAACUGCCUAAAUAUGAAUGGUUGGGUCACAGAUUAGUUUGGGCUUUUAUUAUUAACAAUUUGGUGAUUGUUGCUUGUUGUAUGUUAGCAUUUGCUGAUAAAAAUAAGAAUGCACGUUUAGCUGGUGCUUAUUUGAUGUAUUUAGCUCCAUUAUCAUUUAUUUGUAUUAUUUCUAAUAUUAGUUCAAACACUUUGGGUUAUACUAAAAAAUGGACAGUUUCGUCUAUCAAUUUAAUGUCUUACGCUGCUUCCAAUAUUGCUGGUCCACAGACAUUCAUAGCUAAGCAAGCACCUAGCUAUCAAGGUGCUAAAAUUGCAAUGGUUGUUUGUUAUGCAGUGGGUUCUGUUAUUUUGGCUUUAUUAUAUGUAAUCAAUGUUAGAGAAAACAAGAAAAGAGACAAGAUAGCCGCCGAAAGGGGUCCAGAGGAAUUUGUAGUAGAAAACUUGGAAUUUGCUGAUUUAACAGAUUUUGAAAAUCCACAUUUUAGAUAUGCUUUAUAA